CAGCGCACGUAAGAGAACAACGUAAAUCUCUCUCUUCUGUGCCAAUCCAUCUUCGGUGUUAAAUGGAAUGAGCCGGAGGUGGUCGAGCUCGGUGGCGAGAAUGGCGGAGGAGUUCAGCAAGGCUGACGUGCAGUCUACCGUAUCAUCAUCAUCAUCAUCGAAAUCCAAGAGGAAUUGGGCCUGGCCUUCUGUUCUUCGUUGGAUCCCAACCUCGACAGACCAUAUUAUCGCUGCUGAGAAACGUCUCCUCUCGUUAGUCAAAACUCCGUAUGUUCAAGAACAGGUUAACAUAGGAUCUGGGCCACCGGGGUCUAAGGUCAGGUGGUUUCGUUCUUCGAGUGAUGAGUCUAGGUUUAUCAAUACAGUUACAUUUGACAGCAAGGAUGAUUCUCCUACACUUGUUAUGGUGCACGGUUAUGCUGCUUCUCAAGGGUUCUUCUUCCGGAACUUUGAUGCUCUUGCUAGUCGUUUCAGGAUCAUUGCUAUUGACCAACUUGGUUGGGGUGGGUCAAGCAGGCCUGACUUUACAUGCAAAAGCACUGAAGAAACAGAGGACUGGUUCAUUGAUUCCUUUGAGGAAUGGCGUAAAGCCAAAAACCUCAGCAAUUUUGUUUUACUUGGACAUUCUUUCGGUGGAUAUGUCGCAGCAAAGUAUGCCCUUAAGCAUCCUGAACACAUCCAACACCUGAUUUUGGUGGGACCUGCUGGAUUUUCAUCUGAGUCAGAUGUUAAAUCUGAGAGGCUGAUUAAAUUCCGAGCCACUUGGAAAGGAGCUGUUCUAAACCAUCUUUGGGAGUCUAACUUUACUCCUCAGAAGGUUGUCCGAGGUUUAGGCCCUUGGGGUCCAAAGGUGGUCAGCGGUUAUACAAGAGCUAGAUUUGGUGCACAUUCAACUGGUGAAGUGUUGAACGAAGAAGAGUCCAAAUUGCUUACAGAUUACGUAUACCAUACUCUGGCUGCCAAGGCUAGUGGAGAGUUAUGCUUGAAGUAUAUAUUUUCCUUUGGAGCAUUUGCGCGUCUGCCCCUUCUACACAGAUGGAUUGGAGCAGAUUGAGGUGGAGUUGCUUUUGGUGGGUUAUCAUCAUUCAAACAACUAUCGCCUUGUGGAUUGGAGGUUGACUUGUAAUUCCUAAGGUGAAAGGCGGGGUUUUCUUUCAAUCCUUACGUCAAUAUAAGGCCCAUUCUUAGCAAGUGGCAUAAUGUCUUGGUAAGGAGAAAGAUUCCUUGUGCAAAGUAGCAAUGGUAAAUAAGAACCUCCUUAGAAUCAGGAGGGAGCUUUGCUGCCACUGGAGUUAUGGAGUGACCUCAUGGCAAGGAUCUUGAAGGUUGUGACUGGUCUUGAUAUUUUUUUGGCUUUGAGGUUACAGUCACAUUUUGGCUUAAUGGUGUAGGAAGAAUCCUUGCUGCACUAUUUUCCUGUACCUAUAUGCUUAGUCAGCUGUGACUUUGGCCAGACCAUGGGUUCUUAUGAUCGUUUGGGCGAUGAACUGGUAUAUUGUUGUCAAUAAUUAGUCUAAGUUUUACUGAUUAGAUUGCAGGUCUUUUGCAGAGAUUGAACAGCCAAUUUUUUGGUAAACAGGGGGAAGUGGCCAUGUUUAGACUGUUAAUACCAUUAACUCUUGAAGAUAGGAAUUUAUCACU